AUGCAAGGUCCCCUUCUGUCCCUCCUCACGGCCACCCACAGAGAGUGCCAACGCAAGCCCUGUCCUCUGCGGGGUAUGGAGAGGAAGAACUCAGGGCGCUGCGGGGCCCCAGAGAAGCUGGGGCUGUCCUUCUCCAUCGAGGAGAUCUUAAAGAGACCCACUGAAAAGAGCCAUGUGGUCAGGCCGGAAGGGGUGGGUGGACAAGGCACCAGGCAAGCAGCGGCUGUAAGCUCCGGGCCGGAAGGGCCCCCGCAGGCCAAGCUCCAGGAGGAGAGAAAGAGCAAGCGGAGGGUCCGAACCACCUUCACUACCGAGCAGCUGCAUGAGCUGGAGAAGAUCUUUCACUUCACCCACUACCCAGACGUCCACAUCCGCAACCAGCUGGCAGCCAGGAUCAACCUUCCAGAAGCUCGGGUGCAGAUCUGGUUCCAGAACCAGCGCGCUAAGUGGCGGAAGCAGAAGACGGGCAGCCCUGGGGCCCGGCAGCAGCCGAGUGAGGCCGGUUCGACCCUGACCACGCACUUGGACGUGGCUGGCCCCGGGCGGUUGCCCUCUGCUCUGUCCGGGCUGGCUCCUCCCGUGAGAGGUUAUCCACCAGCUCAAGGUCAGCCGGCCUCUGCGUGGCUCCCUGGCCAGAUCGCCCUCCUCCCGUGCCACCUGUGGGAGACACACCCUCUCCCGGGCCCUGUCACCCAGCACACCUGCCUCCCUGCACUGUGCUUCCUCCCGCCUGCGAACCCCAAAUGGGGAAGCCUCUGUGCUACCUUGACAUAG